GGCCGAUGACCGACAGCCAGCUCGCGGAGCGUCACUGGGCAGCAAAGAAAAUAUCAAGUGCAUGGCGUAAAUCUCACUACCGGAGGGUAUUCCGACAGCUCAAGGAGAAAAUUUUCCUUGCGGAGCGUUCGAUGACGGUUGAUAUAAUCAAAAAGUUAUGCCCGAUCGAAAUGGAGUUUUUGUGUGAACCAGUUAUACAGACGCGGGUGCGAUUUCGGUCGGUAUCAGAAGAUCAAGCCAGGCCGAUGGGUGAGCGGACGCUGUUGGCCAAGGCUCUGUCGACAAGCGGGGACAGGAUCGACUCAAAUUGGUUUG